UGAUGUGAAAACACCGGAAAAUGCUGAUAUUUCUCUUGGUGUCAAUACAUCAUCGAGCGAUCUUACGGUUACAAUUUGGACAAUGUUUCGCAAAAACGUACCCCAAGGUCAACAAUUGGUUAUUGCGGGCUUAGAUAGAAUGGAGAACAUUACAAUUGACUUUAGUCAACAGCCACAAGUCAAGAUGAAAGGUAAAGCAAUAUGUACCUCCAGUCAACGUUUAAAAGGCUCUCGUGGACUCAUGUUGGAAUUGUCAUACAGCCUUUGAGAUUGGAGGUUUUUAUAAACGGGAAAGAAAUUUGUUAUCAGACAUACCUAAAUGAUUUCAGCCAGUUGAAUAAUUUCCGUACCAUACGAUUUAUCGGAGAAACACAGUUGUCUGAAUUCUUUGUAUUUGAUCGACAAACAACUUUCCCGGAGUGAACAUUUUAGCCGGCACUUGCCGUUCGAAUAUUUCAUCAGCAAUUAUCAACAUUGAUGAUUUGGCUGGCCAGACAGGUGUUAGGGUCAUCAUUCCUUCAAUGUGCGACGCAAUCAACGAAUGCAACAGCUCGCCCUGUGGACGAUUUGAAUGCCAAAUCAGAUUGGAGGGUUCAAAUGUUUCUGUAGUGGUGGUUUUUCUGGGAGACAAUGUGAGAUUCCCCCGAACUUUUGUGGUGAUUCUGAAUGCAAGAAUGGUGCAACGUGCCAAAAUGACGUCAGUAAUUACACGUGCAUAUGCCCCUUCGGCUUUUACGGACAGAUAUGUGAACAAAAAGCUGUCAAUGGAAACUGGUCGGCUUGGUCCGGGUUUACGGCUUGUUCGGUCACGUGUGGAGGGGGCUUCAUGACGAGGUUGCGAACAUGUGACAGCCCCAAGCCGGACCCGGAAGGGAUGCCAUGCGAGGGAAAUAACACUGAAACAGAGAUAUGCAACGUUGAUGAAUGCCCAAGUUGCAGACGUUUGAGACGCUCAAAAGGGAUCUUCAUACAAUGUAAUGAGUCUCAGGAGUUACAAAGCUGUACAAUCGGUUGCAGGCCUGGACUUUACUUCGCUGAUCCUCCGUUGCCCGUGUAUGAGUGUGGACUUGCUACAGGUUAUAAGUGGAAUCACGAAAACGAAAACAACCCAACAGGCCGCUUACAAUCUUGUUCAGAGCUUAAGCCUCCAUCCCAAACGGGGGCAAUUUUUGAUGGUCAUUAUGACACCAUCCCUUGCAAUGAAAAGAACAUAGAAAGGGUAAAAUUGGAAAUGACAUCCAAACUGUCCCAGAUGGACUGUGUAAAAUCUGGUCAUUGUAUUGCUGAGAUGAAAGCAGAAGAGUGCACGGGUAUGAGAAAAAGACGGCCCAAUAGAAACGGAAUUUCUCUCUCGAUCCUGAUGAAGUCUUCUGGACCUCUGUCUAACGACAGUUUCAAUAUCGUUGACGUGAUGAAAAAUACAUCGGAACCAACGUCAAAGCUUAUAGAUUUUAUCAAACAAACUAUUGAGCUUGAGAAAACUGCGCAGAAAUUAGUCAACGAGUCGGUGGACUUUUUCCAAGUUACAAUCGAUCAUCAAAGCCAUACCGUUGCCCCAGGACCUAAUGGACUCACAACAUCUCCUCACGUUUUUUGUCCAAAGGGAACAGCUCCGUUAGAAGUAUUCUGUGCGGAAUCUCCAAUUGGUACGUUUUCCGACGGAAAAUCUGUAAUCAUGUGUCCAACCGGGCAAUACCAGGACGAAAAGGGUCAGGAAUCGUGCAAGUUCUGUCCAAAAGGCACGACCACUGAAGGAAUAGGGUCAAUUAAUGUAACAGACUGCAAACCAAUAGAGACAGAAACGCAACCUGAAAAGAAGAAGCCCAAUACGCCAGAUGACACGGUUUCGUCGGCAUUAAAGAUCGGGGUGGGUGUUUCAUUGUCCAUACUGUUGUUGGUGAUGUCUGCGCUCAUCACUGUAAUUGCAAGGAAGAAAUGCCGCAGGAGAGAUCGUGACGAUCAUGUGGAAUUAAAUGAUGCCGAUGUUCCGUUUGAGAUACAGUCUCAACCGGAUUUUGAAAAGUCCGAUCUAUAGACAAAAAUAUGACUACUCUUUUUCGUUUCAUUUCGUUUUUUUCUGGAUUUUAAUAUAGAUAUUAUAUAAGUCGCAUUCGAUUUGAGGACUUUCAACACAAUCAAGGCAUGAUUUGAUAAUAAACGACUGUAAGUUUUUGAAAAGUAUGUAUAGGAAAAUGAUAGAGUAAGUUUUCAGCAUGACUAUUGAUGUAAAUCGUCUUGUUUUCAAUAUCGCUUAUUAAGCAACAUAUAUCAUGCCAGUCCUUAACUUUGAUGUGUAUCCAUUGGUGUAUUUUUGUAUAUUUCUAUCACAUUACAGUGUAUGUAAUAAGUGUAUACUACCGAUUAUUGUUUGCGUUAUUGAAUCAUUACCAUAGGCUGUGAGUACGAAAUUAUGUACAUAUUGAUUAUGUAAAAUUUAUGUUUGCUUUCAUCCUGCAUUGUUUUCUUUUCUGUAAGUAAGUUUGUGUAAAAAGUACAGUUCUAUUCGCUGAGUAAGAAAGAAAGGCUUGCCAACGCUGUAUCAAAAUGUCAUACAGUGUAUGUUUGAACAAAAAUAGUUAUAAUAGAUUUGACGUUUCAAAAAAAUAGGGUUAUAAGUGCUGCGUUUUGAUUCGAGAGGAUACGACCCAUA